CUCCUUAGUCCUCGCCUCCGAGAUUCGAGGCCCAAAACCGCUACCAGCCCAUCGAUCUCCGGCGACAGGCAUCGUACCACCUUCGCAUCCGCAUCUCUGCCACCGUCGAACUACACGUCCCGUCGACGGUAAACAUACGCGUACCUUAUUCUAUGUUUUUCUUAACCCGCCGCCCCACAGCUUGAUCCAGCGACCGCAGGCGAUAUGCUGCUGCGGUGGUGGAGCUACCGUUACCGGCCGCCGCAGAGGAGCGGACUUCUGGCGGCUUCGCUUGUGCUCCUCAUCCCGUCCUUCUUCCCCUCGCUCUUCAUCCCGCUUGGUCGCACCUUUCCUUCCAUCUUCUCUGAGUGGAAUGCUCCACAACCUAAGCAUCUGUCCCUUUUAAAGGGUGCCUUACAACAUAGAACAUCAAUUGACAAAAAGUCUGAACUUUGGGCUCCCUUAGCACCACAAGGAUGGAAACCUUGUAUCCGACCAUCGAGUACCUCCUCACUCCCUAGCAAGUUAAAUGGAUUUAUUCAGGUUUUCCUUGACGGUGGACUGAAUCAACAAAGAAUGGCAAUCUGUGAUGCAGUUGCUGUUGCUAAGAUUUUGAAUGCUACCCUUGUUAUUCCACACCUCGAAGUUAAUCCUGUUUGGCAAGAUAUGAGCUCAUUUGAGGAGAUAUUUGACAUCGACCAUUUUAUCGAUACACUAAAAGAGGACAUCUCAAUAGCUAGAGGAUUGCCUAAAGAAUACUCUUGGAGCACCAGAGAGUAUUAUGCUAUUGGCAUUCGUGCUACAAGAGUGAAGACUGCACCUGUUCAUGCUUCUGCAGAUUGGUAUCUCGAGAAUGUUCUGCCUGUCUUAUACAGUUACGGCAUCGCUGCUAUUUCUCCCUUCUCCCACCGACUGACUUUCGACAAUUUGCCAGGAGAUAUACAACGCCUGAGAUGUAAAGUAAAUUUUCAGGCAUUAGCUUUUGUUCCUCAUAUCACUGCAUUAGGACAGACCCUUGUUAAGAGAUUGAGGAAUCCAAUCCAUGAAAAGACCAAUGAGUAUAUAAAAGAGAUACAAGAUGAGAAUGAAGCAGGCUCAGGAAAAUUUGCAGUGUUACACCUUCGGUUCGAUAAGGACAUGACGGCACACUCUUCCUGUGAUUUUGGAGGUGGUAAAGCUGAAAGGCUUGCCUUAGCCAAAUACAGGCAAGUGAUAUGGCAAGGGAGGGUGUUAAAUUCGCAAUUCACUGACGAGGAGUUGCGAGGCCAGGGUAGAUGCCCAUUAACCCCUGAAGAAAUAGGACUGCUACUGGUAGCCUUGGGCUUUGACAGCAGCACCCGGCUAUUUCUCGCCUCCCAUAAGGUGUAUGGUGGAGAGGCUAGAAUUUCUAGCCUGCUAAAGUUAUUCCCACUCAUGGAAGAUAAGAAGAACCUUGCUUCAGAAGAGGAACUAAUGCAGGUGGAUGGCAAGGCAUCUCUUCUGGCUGCCGUCGACUACUUUGUUAGCAUGCACGCAGACAUCUUCAUCUCUGCAUCCCCUGGCAAUAUGCACAAUGCAGUAUUGGGCUAUCGGACAUAUAAGAACUUGAAGACCAUACGACCGAGCAUGAGCCUGUUAGGGCAAUUGUUUCUGAAUAAGAGCAUAGAGUGGUCUGACUUUCAACAGGCGGUCGAGUCAGGUCACAAGACGCGACAAGGGCAGAUUAGGUUGAGGAAGCCAAAACAGUCUAUUUACACAUAUCCAGCUACAGAUUGCAUGUGUGGAGGAUGAGGUAUUGCAAGGUUUUACAUUCUUGGCUUCUUAGUCUUUUCCAUAGGUGCCAUUUUUUUUUACCUUUUUUUUUUUAAUAAAUUGUUCUUUUCAAUUGAAGUGUGGGCCUUGGUGCAAUAAUAAAUUUGAUAUCGUGUGACUUAGGCCACA